AUGUUUCCCCUGACCCCGCCCGUGGUUAAGCGUCUCUUGGGUUGGAAAAAAGGACCUGAAGGCACUUCUGUUGCAGAAGAUAAAUGGUCAGAAAAGGCAGUGAAAAGUUUGGUGAAGAAAUUGAAGAAAAGUGGUGCAAUAGAGGAGCUUGAAAGGGCUUUGUCUAACCAGAGCAGUCACACUAAAUGUGUUACUAUACCCAGAGUGAAACCCAAUGACAAUAUCUUAAAUGGACAGUAUCGCAAGGGCUUGCCGCAUGUAGUUUACUGUCGGCUGUGGCGCUGGCCACAGCUUCAAAGUCAGCAUGAAUUAAAGCCGGUCGACCACUGUGAAUAUGCAUACCAGUUGAAAAAGGACGAAGUGUGCAUCAACCCUUAUCACUAUAACAAAAUUGACUCGCCUGCAUUACCACCAAUAUUGGUGCCGCGUUGUCCAGAGAACGAGACUAGGGCUCCGCCUCCCUACACUGACUACCAUCAGCCCAUACACGAACAUACAGAUAACAGCGUAAUGCAGAGCGGUGUGGUUGGCGCUCACAGCGCCUUGUACCUUGAGGCGACGUUAGGCCAGCAGGUUCCUGGCAACACCACCGUUCAUUUGAGUUCCUCAACGGUGGAGACUCCGCCUCCUGGCUAUAUGAGUGAAGACGGCGAUCCUAUGGAUCAUAACGACAAUAUGAAUUUAACGCGCCUCAGCCCGUCGCCGGGUACCCUAGGCCCCGAGACCGCCCCGGUCCUGUACCACGAGCCGGCCUUCUGGUGCAGCAUCAGCUACUACGAGCUCAACACGCGCGUCGGGGAGACUUUUCAUGCCUCACAACCUUCUAUCACCGUUGAUGGAUUCACUGACCCCAGUAAUAGCGAACGUUUUUGCCUGGGCCUGCUGUCUAAUGUGAAUCGCAACGAAGUGGUGGAGCAAACCCGGCGACACAUUGGCAAAGGCGUUCGGCUUUACUAUAUCGGCGGUGAAGUUUUUGCUGAAUGUCUGAGUGAUUCGUCAAUAUUUGUUCAGAGUCCGAAUUGCAAUCAACGCUAUGGCUGGCACCCGGCCACCGUUUGUAAAAUACCACCAGGUUGCAAUCUGAAGAUAUUCAACAAUCAAGAGUUUGCAGCUUUACUAAGCCAAUCGGUGUCGCAGGGAUUCGAGGCGGUGUUUCAACUCACGCGCAUGUGCACUAUACGCAUGAGUUUCGUUAAGGGUUGGGGGGCGGAAUACAGACGACAAACAGUGACAUCAACGCCAUGGGCUCCCCACCGUUGCCUUGCUCCUCCAUGUCUUGAACAGGUAUUUAGAGCACCGAUGAAGAAACGACAUUAA